CCUGCUGCUCGAGCCCUGAUAGCUCUCUAAGCGUCAGGUUUCCGUAGCAACAGGUCCUUCACCGAGGCUUCCGGUGUUGUCGCACAUGUCCAAAGAAAACAUUGUAGCUAUCCUUUUUAAAUUGGAAACAUAUGACUCCAUGUACUCUUGCAACUAACCAUCUUUCGAAGUGUGCUUCUGCAACAUGUUCAACUGAGGGUUGGUGUGUUGCCAUGACGUUCAUCAAGCCUCCUCCAUUGGACCUCUGACUUUAUCAGACAGGAAUUUAAUUACAUCUCUUUUACCUGAACAUUCCUCAAAUUAAAUGUCUUCAGGAAUGCUCUGAAGACCUGUACGAAAGCGAAUAGGGAAGCACCAAAAGGGAGAAACUUAAAAAUGCAGAGGCUAUCAUUUCACAUCAUCGCUGUCAUAAUAAGCUAUUUUCUCAAUGGCUGCAUAGUUGUUCACAGCCAGACAGUCUGCAACCGACCAGCCAAUCUGGAAUGGCACCUACAACCACAAACUGCUCAGGUGAAAUGGACACUCAUGGAAAACAUCUGUGAUAGUAUGGUCCAAUGUUGGGGUGAUCAAGAAAGGACAGAGACCCAAAAGUCAGAUGUUCCGCCAACUUGGAACUUACCUCAGAUUUGUCCUCUAGAGGUGCAGUUUGGCGUCAAGCUGUUUGUUUCUAUUGAUGCCACUCUGGAUUUAUACGGUAUCAGGAUCCUCAAUGUGUCAAAAGAGGACUUUGAAAGUUGUUCCACUGCACCACAGUCACAAGACCAGUUUCUGUGUUCCGAUGACGUUAUGAAUGCAUCUAGGCAGGUCCAACCUAAGUGGCUUCUCCCGGGCCUUCAUUAUUUCAUAGCUUCGCAUGAGGGGAAUUCACAGCUCUGCAAGCUGGGUCUUCGUCUCAACGUCUCUGUGAAGGAACAACAGUGUCGAAGCAGCCCACUAGUGCGACUCUGCUCCGGGAACGGUGUUUGUAGGACAAGCUUUUGGGAAGACGGAGCGUACCGCUGUCAGUGCCGCCAGCAUUACUCUGGAAAGUUCUGUGAGAAGUUUGAUGCGUGUUUGGAAAACCCAUGUGAGAACGAAGGAGUCUGUGUAAGCAAUGGUACGACAGAUCACAUCCACGCAUCGUAUAAGUGUUUGUGCCCUCCACAUUUUACAGGGGCUAACUGCUCUGAUGUGAUUGGACGAGAGAACUGCGAUAGAUUUUGUCGUAAUGGAACGUGUCUCCAAGUUUCACCUUUCUCCUUCAAAUGUGUGUGUUACACAGGACAACCAGGUCCACCUUGUGGGACAUCUUGUGAUCCCAACCCAUGUAGGAAUGGCGGAGAGUGUGAGGAGAGCUCCGAGAGCGCCGCUGGAUAUGCUUGUGCUUGUCUGGAGGGAUUCACGGGCCUCCGCUGUGACACCCCCGUUAACAUCAAUUGCCUUUCAUACGAAUGUCAGCGGGAAAAGGCGUGCUCCUUGGGGGAACAUACCUCUCCUGAGUGUGCAGCCUCAGUCUGGCAGUGUUCAAAUGGCACCACAGGCCCACAGUGCAGGAGGCAGCGAGGCCCGUGCAGCCCUUCGCCCUGCCACAACAACGCCAGCUGUUUAGUCCAAGGAGAGGACUACGUCUGCAGGUGCCUGCCAGGGUUUUCCGGGAAGAGCUGUGAAGAGAUAAUAGACUACUGCAGUCUGCUCAGUGUCAACUGUCUGCACCAGGGACUGUGCCUCAGCGUAAUUGGUGGAUAUAAUUGUCUCUGUGCUCCUGGAUGGAUAGGGGAGUUCUGUCAGUAUGGAGGGAACGCCUGCCUGAUCUACCCAGACAGCUGUAUGAAUGGGGCCACCUGCAUCACCACAAGUCAACCUACGGCUCCCCCACAGUACAGAUGUAUCUGCAGCCCUGGUUACACAGGACCCCACUGUGAGACAGAAAUUAACCAGUGUUUCUCCAACCCCUGUCUGCACAAUGGGACAUGCUUGGACUCUGUUGGCUUCUACAAAUGCAGGUGUCCACCAGGAUUUCUGGGCCAGAAGUGUGAGGUGGAUGUAGAUGCCUGUACCCUACCCAACACCACAUGCCCUAGAAACACAGUUUGUCUGGAUCUGCCUGAUGGACUGAAGUACACAUGUCGCCUGCUGUGCCCACCGAACAUACAACCAUGUGCCAACGGAGGACGUUGUGUCUUGAACAACGCCAGCAGUUAUACCUGUGUCUGUGCACCUGGAUGGGCAGGACGUAACUGCCGCUUAAACAGCAACGAUUGUGUUCAGCACUGGUGCCAAAACGGGGCAACUUGUGUAGAUGAGAUUGAUGGCUACAGCUGCCUUUGUCCCAGAGGAUACAGCGGUAGCUACUGUGAGAUGGACGUUGAUAACUGCAUUGGACACCACUGCUCUGAGCACGGCGUAUGUCUAGACCAACAAUACAACUAUACUUGUCGCUGUGAGCUCGGGUUCCAGGGGAGCUACUGUGAGCAGGAGACGGAUGAGUGUAAGAGUUCCCCAUGUGUCAAUGGUGCCACCUGUGAGGAUGUCAUCGGAGGCUAUCACUGCCACUGCCCCCCAGGGUUUGAAGGGAGAUGGUGCUCAGAGAAUGUUAAUGACUGCUGGUCAAGGCCUUGUUUGAAUGGAGGUUCCUGUAUGGAUCUGCUGAAUGGAUACAUCUGCCACUGUCCUUUUGGGAUUCAAGGGGAAGACUGUUCUGUGGAUAUGGACCUCUGCUCACUAGGAACAUGCCAAGAACGCACGGUGACCUGCACUGAGACUGGACAGAACGUCACAUGUAUUUGUGAAAAAGGCUUUGGUGGGCCGUUCUGUGAGGUGAAUCUGAACGACUGCAAGUCGAUGCCGUGCCAGAACGGAGCUGUGUGUGUGGACGGUGUUGACCUGUAUCACUGCUUCUGUCCAGCUGGGUUUCAGGGGCUGAACUGUGAAAUCAACUAUGAUGAAUGUGUUUAUGGAUUCUGCGCCAACAAUUCCACAUGUGUUGACCUGGUUGCCGACUAUGGAUGCAUCUGCCCAGUGGGGUUUGUUGGUAAAAACUGCUCUACACCUGUUAUUGAAUGUGCGUCAGGAGAUAGGACAAAAUGCAAAAAUGGCGGCACCUGUUAUAUUUUUGCCGGAGUGGUUCACUGCACUUGUCCACCAGGAUGGGGAGCCGAUGACUGCUCUGCACCCGUGAACCAGUGUGUGUUGAAUCCCUGUGACCCGGAGGGGACCCUGUUCUGUGAAGAGCUGCCGAACGGCUUCAAAUGCGUCUGCCAACACGGGUACAUGGGGCGGCUGUGCGAAAUCCCCAUAAGUCACUGCGUCGAUGGGCUGUGUCAUCGCGGAUCAAAGUGUGUGGAUCUACCGAGAGGAUUCAAGUGCCAUUGUUUACCCGGUUUAACGGGACAAUUCUGUGACGUGAACAUAGAUGACUGUGAAGAGCAGCCGUGCGGUGUUCUGAGUAUUUGCAAAGACACCGUCAACGGCUACAAUUGUUUCUGUGCACCUGGAUUCAUUGGUAAUAACUGUGAGGUGGAGGUAAACGAGUGUCUGAGCCAGCCCUGCCACAACGGAGCUUCCUGCUCUGAUGAGCUCAACGCAUUCAGCUGCUUAUGCCCAAUCGGAGUCACAGGUGACUACUGUGAAAUCAACAUUGAUGAGUGUCUGUCAGGGCCAUGCAGACACAAUAGCACGUGUUUGGACCUGGCCAAUGGCUAUGAAUGUGUCUGUCUACCCGGCUUUACUGGCGCUGGGUGUGAGUUCGACAUUGACGAGUGUGCCUCUUCUCCCUGCAAGAACGGAGCCACUUGCAUUGACCAGCCUGGCAAUUACCACUGUCAGUGUGUGGCUCCAUUCAAAGGUAGGAACUGUGAGUUCCUCCCCUGUGAGGCCAACAACCCCUGUGAGAACGGUGCUGAGUGUGUAGAGGAACCUGAUCAGGUCCAUUUCCCUCUGGGUUUCCGCUGUCGCUGUCGACGUGGCUUCACAGGCCCCCGCUGUGAGAUCAACAUGGACGAGUGCAGCUCCAACCCCUGCCUUCACGGCUUCUGCUACGAUGUGGUAGAUGGGUUCUACUGCCUGUGCAACCCUGGCUAUGCUGGUGUGAGAUGUGAGCAGGACAUAGACGACUGUGCCAGCAACAUGUGCAGCAACAACUCAACCUGCAGAGACCUCCACUUGACUUACGAGUGCCUCUGUGUCCCCGGAUGGGAGGGCGAGUUCUGCCAACAGGAAAUAGACGAGUGUUCAUCUCAGCCGUGCUUAAACAACGCCACCUGUACUGACCUCCUCAACAGCUACCAGUGUCUAUGCCCGCAGGGCUGGGUAGGUGUGGACUGCUCUGAGGAUGUGGAUGAGUGUGACUCUGGGCCCUGUCUGAACGGAGCUCAGUGUCAGGAGUCACCCCUACCUGGGGAGUUCAGCUGCACCUGCCCCCCCUUCUUCAGUGGGCCCUUAUGCAACAUGCCCUUUGACCCCUGUGACCCUGCCCACGAUCCCUGCCUGCACAAUGCCACCUGCCUGACUCGUUCUGAUGGAACAGCAGCCUGCAGAUGCCGACCCG